GCCUGAACGCACUUGGUCAGACAAAGAGAGCAAUGUGCAGCAGGAACUUUGCCUGCAGCUGACACGCCACCAACCAUCAGGCAGAAUGUCGUAUGGGUCUAUUGAUGGAGGCUCUUUUGGCAGUCGCAACCCAUUUGGAGGUCCAACAAGGCAGGGCUACCAGCCAGUAGCCACACAGGUCAGCCCCUCAGAACUGCAAGAUGUGUUUCAGGAGACCUCCUCCAGCAUCUUCCAGAUCAACUCCAACGUUGUCACACUAGAGAAGAAUCUUCAGUCACUCGGAACAUCUAGAGAUACAGCAGAGCUACGACAGAGUCUACACUCCAUGCAACAGCAAACCAACAAAGUCAUCACCAGCACAAGCCAACUCAUCAAACAGCUCUCUGAUAUAAUCAGUGGCUCUUCACGGCAAGACCGUCUGCGCCUGACCAGACUAAAGACUGAACUCUCAGAGUCGGUGCAGCGCUAUGGGGAUCUGCAGAAGAAAAUUGCAGAGCGCUCAAGAGCCUUGCUACCUCCAGCACAGACAGACAAAAGGAAGAGUCCCCAGACCCCAUCUACUGAGCAGAUCGAGGAGGGCCCACUGUUUGGAGAAGCAGUAGGCUCAGAGGGAGGAGCUCAGGCGUUCCUGUCUGAGAUCAGUGAGGAGGACGUGGAAGUGCUCCGCCAAAGAGAGGAUGCACUGCUGCAGAUCGAAAGAGACAUGCUGGACGUCAGUCAAAUCAUGAAGGACCUGGCCAGUAUGGUCCACGAACAAGGAGACGCCAUAGACAGCAUUGAAGAUUACAUUCAGACCGCAUCUUCUAAUGUGGAAUCAGCCAAUCAGGAGCUUGCAAAGGCCAACCAAUACCAGAGGCAACUGAGGAAGAGGAAGUGCUACCUCUUGGUGGCUGGAGCCAUCGUCCUCACCAUCCUCAUCAUCAUCAUUGCUGUUUCAGCAAGAAAAUGAGACUGGCCAUUGUGGUAGCUGCUGUCAUUACAGUGUCACCGCUAUGCUCCUGCCCAGUCUGAUCCCUGACCUGAGCAGCUGGCUUCCAGUGGGAGGGUGCUGCCUUGCAACAAUAUCUCUACUCCAUCAUCCCUGCCUCUGUUUACAUGCGCAUCAUUAUGGUCAUGGGGGCCUUUUUUCCGCAUACCAAUUUGUCAGGAGGAAGCCCCGGUCUGAGCCUCUCAUGUAAUCCUUGUUAUGUUUAUUCAUUUAUUUAUUAUUUUUUGCCAUUGCUGUUCUGUGACUCGAAUGUUAUUAUCACAGCUGAAGUCACAAAUGUGAAUUUAGUGAUUACAUCAGUGGCACAAGCUGGGGUGUUUUCCGUCUUGGGUGUGAGGGAUUACUGUUGUAUAUCACACACUUUCAGUUCCUAAGUGUGGUGAAAACCAGAUGAUGGUGGAGCAGAAGAUUCAGAGUGAGACAAGGCAGCUAGAGCUUUACUGUCUUCACUGCUGUACUGUAUGCUCUCUUUCCUUUUACUGAAAUUAACUUAAUAUUUAUCAGCUUGUAGUGUAAUUGAAUCAGUAUUAAAAUGUAGCGUUUGUUGAUAUUGGUAAAUAUUGUUUGACCAAGUAUAUCUUCCCAAAUAAAAGUCCAAGUUGAAGAGCAACAGAAUGUC